UCCACUGUACCACCUACACUUUUAAUAUAAUCGUUAAUUUUCUUAGGUCAAAUAAAGUAGACGUGCUCAGUUCAAAGUUUGAAAACAAGAAAUUUAUAUUCAUAUAUAAGCCAAAAUUAUCUCCAUCUUUGAUUGAUUGAUUAAUUCUUCUCUGUGUAAUCAUGGAGGAGGCUAUGAGAGCUUUAGGUAAAGGCUUUGAUUUUACUAGUGAUUUUAGGGUGAGAUUUGCAAAGGGAAGUAAUGGAGUUGGAGGAAGAUUGGUGGUUAUUGAUGAGGCUAACAAAAGAGACAUUGUUACUCCUCCUGGUGUUACUAUCAAAGGAGUUUCUGAGGACAUUCGUAUCGAUAAAGGGGAUCGAAUUCGAUUUAAAUCUGAUGUUCUUGAAUUUAAUCAGAUGUCUGAAUUACUAAAUCAGAGAUCUUCAGUUCAAGGAAAAGUUCCAUCAGGCUAUCUUAAUGCUAUUUUUGAUCUAAGUGGGGACUGGUUCCAUGAUGCUGCAGACACCAAAUAUCUUGCUUUUGAUGGUUACUUCAUCUCUUUGUAUUAUUUACACCUAACGACGUCUCCACUAGUAUUGCAAGACCAGGUAAAGAAGUCAGUACCGGCUCACUGGGAUCCAGCAUUGUUGGCUAGGUUUAUCCAGACAUAUGGGACGCACAUAAUAGUAGGGAUGGCUGUUGGAGGCCUGGAUUUAAUUUGUGUUAGACAGAAACCUUCUUCACCUAUUCUGCCUGCAGACCUCAGAAGACACUUAGAGGACCUUGGCGAUUAUCUAUUUUCUGACGGAAAAAGCCCCUCUCUACUACAAGGGAAAACAAGAGAUGGCAAGCAAAAGGUUCCCGAGGUUUUUAAUCGUAUUCUGAAGUCAAACACCAUGCAGUUGACCAGUAUUACAGAGACAUCAAGCAAAGAUGGACUCACUAUCAUUUGUUCUAAAAGAGGAGGAGAUGUGUUCUUGCACAGCCACUCCAGUUGGCUCCAAACAGUUCCUUCUAAACCAGAAGGGAUUCUCUUCAAGUUUGUGCCUAUUACUUCUCUUCUUACUGGGAUUCCCGGCAGCGGCUAUCUUAGUCAUGCAAUUAACUUGUAUUUGCGUUACAAGCCUGCUCCAGAGGAUUUACAGUACUUCUUGGAGUUUCAAGUUCCAAGGCAAUGGGCACCUAUGUUCUGUGAGCUGCCUCUUCGCCAUCAAAGAAAAAAAGAUUCUUGUCCUUCUUUGCAAUUUAGUUUCAUGGGUCCUAAGAUCCAUGUCAUCUCUACACAGGUGUCAAGUGAUCAAAAACCAGUUGUAGGCCUACGAUUAUACUUGGAAGGAAAGAAAUGUGACCGGCUGGCAUUGCAUGCACAGCAUCUCUCAAGCCUUCCGAAUAUUAUGACCUUAUCAUCAGCUAACGACCCCAGGCCAUUUCAAUGGCGUGGUUCUGAUGACUACAGGUUUAGUGACCAAUUUUUAGAACCAGUCAAAUGGAAGAGAUACUCCAAUGUAUGCACAUCAGUUGUUAAACAUGAUCCCAGUUGGUUGCAUGGGGAGUCCUCCGGUGUUUUCAUUGUAACCGGUGCACAGCUCUUGAGCAAGGGAAAGUGGCCGAAGACAGUGCUGCAUCUUCGUCUUCUCUUCACCUACUUACCCAAUUGCAUGAUCCGAAAGACAGAGUGGGCUGCUGCCCCAAGAAAUUCUCAGAAAUCUAGUUUCCUUACGAAUCUGAGUACAACAUUCACGUUUACCCAACGGAGCAUCACAGGUCCUCAAAAGCAAGCUCCAGCUGUACUUAACUCUGGUGUCUUUCCGGAUGGUCCGCCAACUCGGGCUUGCUCUGGAAAGGUACUUAAAUAUGUGGAGACUACCGAAGUUGUGCGCGGUCCUCAUGAUUCUCCAGGACAUUGGUUGGUGACGGCUGCCAAGCUUGUGACUGAUGGUGGUAAAAUUGGUUUGCAUGUGAAAUUUGCAUUGUUAGACUAUUCUUGAGUUGUCUUUCAUUGUACAUAUCGAGCCGAAUUGGUUGUGAUUAAUAAUUUCAUUUCGUUUGCUUGUUUAUAUGCCUUUUUUCGUUGUAAUUGAAGGUUGCCUGUAGAAAUCUAUGCAUAGCUUUGUAUAGAAGGAAACAACAAAGAGCUGACUGUAUACCUAGUUAAAACUUCCUGUCGACAAUAUUCACGGUUUUCGAUCAUCAUAAAAGUGUAGGGUCUGUUUGGUAGAUUA